AUGUGGCAGUUUGAAUUCGAAGAUGCAGGUACGGCCACACUCCUGCGGGAGCGGGAGCACACGGCCGUACCGAUCGACGAAUUCGUGCAGUGUCGACCGGUGCUCGCACGGGUGCUUCAGUCUCUUCGGGGUCGGAGCUUGAACUUGUCGUACUUGGACCGGGGCGACAAUGCUGAUGGGAUUCGGUGUUUCCUCUGUGGGAUCUCCAGCUCCCCAAGCUGCACCCAAAAGAGCUACCAAAACAUCACCUGCUCCUCCAGCAUCUCCAGCUGCAUGGUCCUCUACACCACCAACAAGAAAGACGAAGUGCAGCUGCGAGGUUGCGGCCUGGUGAACAAGAACGUGACGAACAAGGACUGCCUGUCGAACACCCAGGAUUCCUCGUCGGGGAAGAGCGGCUACGGGUGCUUCUGCACGGCCGACCUGUGCAACGCGGCGGGGGCACCCGUCCCGGCGGGGCUGGCGCUCGGGGUCUCCCUUGUCGCCUUCGUCGUCUCGAGGAAAAUCGCUUCGUGAUGAAUUUAUUUCCUGGGAUUUGAGUACUCUGUGAUAUCCCAUCACCAUCCCCACCCUUUCCACCCUCCCCCCCCUUCCGUUUUUUUUUGUUUGUUGCACCAACUGCCUGCUGUGUUGAAAAUUCACGAUUUGCCACGUGUCAGGGACAGACCUCGGCUGGGAUUCGAGUUACGUCAUUUGGAACGAAGACAAGAAACUUUAUUUUUUUAAUUUUAUUUUUGUGCUGAAACCCGUCCUUCGAGAAUUGCAACGUUGAGAUAUUUCCUCAUCUCGAAACAAAUUCUCUCGAUUCUCAAAAACUUUUUUUUUCACAGUUCAGCACGAUCUGAGAAAGUGCCAUCUUUUGAAAGCAUAAGCAUAUCUCCCAGCAAGACCGUUUCACAGCCUAAAUUUAAAGUCCCGCAUCAUACAAUAAAUUUCCGUAGUAACACGUUACCUGAAAUGGGUGCAAACGAGACUGAUAUAAUUUCCAUUCCCCAUUCAAGUCCUUGUCACGUGGAACCCUUUUUCAUCGCCAUAUUCAAUAGGUGUAUAGAACUCUGGAUGUGACUGAAGGACACCUGCAUGCAAGCAAUAAACGGG